AUGCCAACAUCUUUAGAUAUAGAAAAGUUGGAUGAAGGUGUUGGCAUACCUCCAACAUUGAUGAAGCGUAAAGCGAAAUGGCAUAAAACGUCUAGAAACAAAUUUAGUGACACGAAGCUAAAAAGAGCACAACAAAGGAAAAUUCAAGAUGAUUUGCCAAGAUCUCAAGUAAAGUCUAAAUUCACUAGACAAAGCUCUGGUCCAGCAUCUUCGAUGACUAAAGAAGUAAGCUGUUUUUUCUGCUCCGGUGCCUCAGGUACACUUCAUCAAGCGUCCACUUUUAAUGAAGAUGUAAGGGUGCGAGAAUGUGCACAUCAGUUGCAAGAUGAGGUCCUAAUCGCAAAACUAAGUGCCGGCGAUUUGAUCUCUCAGGAAGGCGUGUAUCAUGCAAAGUGCCUGGUGUUGGUCUAUAACAAGGCAGAGAGAUUAAAUCAGAAUCCUGCAAGCAGUGAUGAAAAGGUAAUCCAGGGUAUGGCUCUAGCACAGCUCGUCGCUUAUCUUGAAGAAACUCGUGCAGAGACCGCGGAUAGCAUUUCCGUGUUUACGCUAGCAGAGCUUACAGCCAUGGACACCCGUUUCCUGAAACACUAUGGUAGCGAUUUGUCGGGUCGAGUACACUCCACUGACCUAAAGGAGAGAAUUUUAGCAAAUGUUCCAGGCUUGCAGGAGCACAAGAAGGACCGAGACAUAGUGAUGGCAUUCAGUGAAGAGGUUGGCAAAGCGCUCGAACUGACUCGCUUUAGGGAUUUUGAUGAUGAAGCAAUAAUCCUACUUAAAGCAAGCAAGAUCAUUCGUCGAGAUAUAAUAGCCACGAAAACGCAAUUCAGUGGAACAUUUGAUAAAAAUUCUCAACAAGAAUCAAUUCCACAGUCCCUUAAAACGUUAAUAGGAUUGAUCUUAGAGGCAACAGAUAUCAAAACUCCGUCGAGUCGUGUGAGUGAUGCGCAGCCUACACUAAGUAUAUCACAACUCAUGCUUUUUAAUACCAGCAUACGACGUCGUUCUAGUGAAGCAACUGGUUCAGCUUAUUACAACUCUCGAGAUCGCGAACCACCACUGCCAAUAUAUCUUGGCCUCAUGACUCACACAGAAACAAGAAAGAGAACACUGGUCGACAAACUCUAUAGUCUUGGACUGUCAAUUUCGUAUGACAGGGUGCUAGAAUUAUCUACUGACUUGGGCAAUACUGUUUGUUCGCAGUUUGAGUCUGAAGGGGUUGUUUGCCCGCCCAAGCUUAAUAAAGGAGUAUUUACAACAGCUGCCAUGGAUAACAUUGACCAUAACCCAUCAUCUACAACCGCUCAAGGUGCUUUCCAUGGAACAGGAAUAUCUUUAUUCCAACACCCAUCUGAUGAUGCACCAGGUGAAGCGCGGGAUGUAGUUAGCACAGACAAUCAGCCCUCCAAGAGAAAGCGUCUUUCUCAACUUCCGGAUUCUUACACACUUGUUAAGCCCGUCAUUCUCUCGAAGAAUGAACCUGUUGUGCCGCGUCUUCAAGUGUCAUUUGUGAGCAAUUGCCUUGAAAUGACACAAGCUUUUGGUAUGGAGUAUAAAUGGCUGGAACAUGUAAGAGACGAGGUUAACAAAGACAUAACGGAAGAGAUAAAGAAAGUUUCAUGGGCAGCAUAUCACGCCAAUCAAGUCCAGCCUUCAGGUCAGUUGGAUACCACCUCACUGCUCCCACUCUUUCAAGAGGAGGCUGCCUCCCCAGCUAUGAUUUGUCAUACAAUGGACGUAAAUAUUAAGGCGGUGAGUUAUCUUAAUCCUGGGCAGACACCUGUGCUUGCUUGUGAUCAGCCAAUCUAUGCAUUGGCAAAGAAGAUUCAGUGGAACUGGCCAUCCACGUAUGGAGAAAGUAGCCUAGUUAUGAUGUUUGGAGGGCUGCAUACAGAGCUUGCCGCUCUUAAGGCAUUGGGGACCUGGAUUGAGGGUAGUGGUUGGACAAGCGCCCUAGUGCAAGCGGGUAUAACAACUCCUGGAACAGCCGACUCCUUUCUCAAGGCGUCACACGUUUCACGCACCCGACACGCCCACCAGAUUACUGCUUGUGCUUUGUACAUACUGAUGGACAAGGCAUACAAGCACUACUGCAAUUGCAUCUCUGAAGAAGGAGAACCCAAAACGUUUAUGGAGUGGCGCAAGCAAGCAGAGCUACCCUUCACUUUGAGCUUACCAUAUUAA